AUGCAGAGCUUUCCCCUUACUUUGAAGGGAGCAGCACGAGCAUGGUUUGGUUCCUUACGGCCUGGAACCUUGGACAGCUUCAACAAGCUGGCAUGUCUCUUCUUAACACAGUUCAUGGUCAGUCGAACAAGGAGGAGACCAGCGGCUUAUCUUCUGAUUGUUAAACAAAGGGAUAACGAGAGCCUCAAGUCAUACCUCUCUUGGUUUAAUAAAGAACGAAUGAAAACAGAUGACCAAGACGAAAAAAUCACCUUGGCUGCACUAUUAAGGGGCGUUUGGCCUCGUAACCCCUUCAUGAUGAAAAUCGCUCAGAAAACCCUGACCACUCUAAGGGAGUUUAUGGACCGCGCAAACGGUUUCAUAAACAUGAAAGAUAUGCUCCAAGCACUAACUGCCCCUAGGAAGAGUGACUUGGAGAGGCCAAACAAAAAGACAGUAGACCGGAGUAAAGGAUCGAACCGAAGGGACUACAAAAAGAGGACUUACGAAACUAAGGGCAAAGGAGAACAAGUCUGA